GCCUCGCGCCGCCCAGAUCCACACACAUAUGCCUCUGCUGCUGCCUUGCGAGGCGCGAUCAAGCCUAGCCACACGCCGAGGCGACUCGACGCGAGGCCUCAUCCGGGAGGAACACGUACGGGUCCGCAUCCCCUUCCGCGCGCUCGCGCUGCACAGCACAGCGCGUGCGCCGAGAGCGACGAGGGAGGAAGCCCUCCCCACCUCACCACCACACAAAACCCGCGCUAAUCCCCCCGUGGCGGAUAGCGGAUAACCAGAAGAAAGACAGGAGGACUCGAGGAGAGGAGAGCGUGCGCGGGCUGCGAUGAUGGAGGGGGAAGUGGUGGAGGAGGAGGAGGAGGAGGAGGUGACGGCGGCACCAGCGCCGGCGGCGAUGGUGGCGGCGGCGGAGUUCGGGCUGACCGCGGAGGUGAUGGCGGUGCUGCCGGAGGACCCGUUCGAGCAGCUGGACGUGGCGCGGAAGAUCACCUCCAUCGCGCUGGCGUCGCGCCUCGGGCGGCUCGAGGCCGAGGGCGCGCGGCUCCGCGCGCAGCUCGCCGAGCGCGACGCCGCGGCGGAGGACCUCAGCGAGCGCGUCGAGCAGCUCGACGCCGCGCUCGCGGUGGCCACCGGACGCCUCCGCCGCGCCGAGGAGGAGAAGGAGGCACUGCAGAGGGAUAACUCAUUGCUGUCAAACACCGUCAGGAGGCUGAACAGAGAUGUUGCCAAGUUGGAAGUGUUCAAGAAGACGCUUAUGCAGUCACUCCAGGAAGAUGAAGAUCCUGCUAACACUACUCCUAAGGCAAGGGUCAGCGAAACUUCAAAUUUCUCCUCUGCAACAUCUGUUGGAGAUGAAGAUUCUGCAUUUCCAGUUUCCAAAUCGUCACAAUUAUCAGAAACCGCAAGUUCAGUCUCAGAGGAAAGUAGUCAUGUUGAGCCAGAUGUACCCAGGCCACCCCGUCCACAUGUAUUUUUGCCAUCGUACAACAGUACACCAAGGGUUACUCCCCCAGACUCACCUCCAAGGAGUUUCGCGUCAAUAUCACCUCCAAGGCGGCAUUCAAUUUCAAUUACAUCAAGGAAUUUGUUUGAUGACAGGUCCUCGGCCUAUUCUGGUCAUAGUUCAGUGACAUCUCCAUUUGAUGCAGGAAGUCACACAGGACGAACACGAGUUGAUGGAAAAGAGUUCUUCCGUCAAGUCAGAAACCGUUUGUCUUAUGAGCAGUUCAGUGCAUUUCUAGCCAAUGUAAAGGAGUUGAACUCACACAAACAGACCAGAGAGGAUACACUAAGGAAGGCUGACGAAAUAUUUGGUCCAGAUAACAAGGACCUAUACACCAUCUUUGAGGGCCUAAUUACUCGCAAUAUUCACUAGAAUCCUGAAAAGUCAAAACUGGAACAUUUCUUGUAAUUAAAAGCGGUCCAGGUUUUUUUACAGGAAUUAUGAGAAAAAUACGUUUGGUACUUUUUGUAUUUCAGUGGCUACUAAUUUCAGAUUUCUGGUGUAUAGUUUUUAAAAUUUAUUCUUGAUGUUAAUGUAGAAUCUGUAAGGUAUGGUUAUAUAUGUAAUACAAAUGAAAAAAAUUGGAAUAAGAGCCAAUGUGUUUUUCUUUUUAUUAAA